GUAUUGUGUUAAGUCGGUUGUGUAAUAAAUAUAUUUUGAAUUUUCGAAACUAUAGUAACUAAUUCAAAAUAGGUAGAGUACAACAACUUGAGAGAUAAUAGAAACACCGAUGAUAUCAAAUAAAAUGAUUAUAUCGCGAGAAAAUUUGGAUUAUGUCAAUAACUCGAUUUUGUAUAAAAAAUAUAAAAGUAGUUGUUAAUAUGACAACAUGAUAUUUAUGAAUGUUCACUUAUAAAUUGCUUAUAUUUUCAGCUUCUUUAUUUUACAUUCUCGUUCUUUAUGGGGUUGCGAACUCUGUUCUAAAUGAGUUUGUUAUUCAUCAUUUCUGAGAUAGUACAUGAUCACGUAUUUGUAAUAGAAAUAGAUAGAUAGCAGAAUAUUUGAAUAAAUGGAGAGAUCUUACUACACCCGUGAGAUUUGUUACUGCAAGCAUCAGCAUUAAUCAUGACCUUCUCCUUCCUGUUCAUCAGCAUUAAUCAUGACCUUCUCCUUCCUGUUCAUCAUUUCUUCAUCACUAUAGAGCAGUCAAGAGACACAUUAGUCACAAUGUCUCACGCCAAGUGCACUUGCGAAGAGACGUACGUGCAAGGCAGCCCUGUGGAUUAUUAUAAGCGACGCAACUAGUUAAGCACCAUCGAUUAGCAAAUCUCAAUAAUGACUGAAGGAAUUAAGUUUGUAGUAGGCUUAAUCGUUAAUUGAGGAUCACUUUACAUAACUAAACUGUUUUCAGUUUUGCUUUUCGUGCUCUUGGCGAAGAUAUUUUGAUGCAAAAUCCAAAUGUCAAAAUUUAUUAUAUAUCACAUAUAUUCAUCAUCAUCGGCGUCUUACUGCAGCAAUCAGCAAACAAAUUAUAAUAAUUAGACAAGAAUACGAAUAUCCGUUAAUAAAUAAAAAAAUCUGUAUUACACAUUGUAUCACUACUUACGUCGCUCUGAAUUAAAUUAAUUUUGUUCUCAUCUACGGUAUUAUUAUCAAUGUAGCUUGCAAUCCAUUGUUACGAGAGAUUCUAUUAUACACCUGGGCGUUUCGCUUCGCUGAAUUGCCGUUAUAAUUACGAUUAGACUGCAAGUAUACUAUACUGUGGCGUCUAGAAGUAUUCGCAUUUGUAUAAUAAUGUCACGUUCGAUACGACAUGAGUAAUUAGGCGGCCUUUGUGCUUAUAUAGGUAAUGGGAGACCAGUGACAGGUGUCUGGUAAAGUGUCGAUGGAAAUUGCUCCUGUGAAAUUAAUUUUUCACGUAGUAAUCGAUCAUACUGCUGAUUUCGUUGGCGAUUUUACGUGCUUCAAUGUUAUAUGAAGUAUUUCCGUCUCGCGUGAAGCCUGUCCAGGUUAUAAAAUAGUGCCACAAUCUAAAAGAUCAGAAUCACAUUUCCCAAAUAUGGCUUCUAUGUUCACGAGAGCGAUGUAUUGUACUUUCUAACGGAAUUCAAAGUGUCAGCUUGUAAUUGUAUAUUAAACAAGGUUUUUCCUUUUUUUUUGGUUAUAGGUAUAAAAACAUUUAACAAUUUCACUUAUUAUUAAUUAUUAAAGUUGCAGUAUAUUUGAACGUUAAUGGAUAUUUAAUAGAUGUUUGGCGACAUAUUAAUGAAGCUAGAUACUUUUUAACUCUAACUUCCCACACUGGGAUACAGGCUACCUCACGAACAGUUAAUUAAAAAUAUAAGAAAAAAUCAAUUGAUUUGAAGUCACUUUUUUUCCAUAGAUACGCCACACAUCAAGAAAUAUGCCUAUGCACAGUAAAAUAUGAAAAAGAAAGUAGUUUGUAAAAUAUUCGCUUGUGAAGAAAGGUUACAUUCAAAAAUCGUGAAUUUAUCUUACUUGGGGUUCAGGCACCCCCCUGUGUGGGAAGCUAGGGUUAAUAUCUUUUCUUUUCUCGUUUUAUAACUCUCAACUACUGAUCAACAACUGCUGAUUGAACAACUUACAAAAUCCAGUGUAGCUAUACGUGUUGAACGUUCAUGUAUGUUUCAACGCUGUAUUGCACGGUGAAAAUUAAAUCCCUCGAAAAUCACUAUGCCGCAUAUCCAGGGUAGCUUUCCACAUCGCCAUGAGGUGGCUCGCAGCAACGAUCACGUAGCUCUAAUUUAAUUUAGAUUAAAUUACCCCGGCGAUACAGCACGAGUUAACUGUUUGAAUGAAUUUACGCUAUAUAAAUCAGCGGGUCUUUAUUGAAUUUAUGCAUGAGCAAAUCGUCACAUUAUUGUUUGUACAUGUCGUCGUACUGAAUUUAUUUUAAUAUUUUACUGAUAUACCUCAAUUUAUACAUUAUAGAUGACCGCGGUGUAUUUUCAUGAUGAGUAAACAUCACGCCUUAAUUCCUCGGGAGAGAAUGAUUGUUCGUAAUCAUUCCUAGACUUGUCUGCUUUGUCAUUAUCCUGCUCGCCAUUAAAAUAAAAACAAGAGACGCGAAUCUCGCCGUUGUCACUUAGCAAGCUAGACUAAACAGUAUCAUAAUUGAAGAAUUUCCACCGUGAGCUUUUCGCGUGUGUGAUGAUGGGUAAAGUAACGCUGGAUAGAGUGAUAGCGUUUCUGCGAGUUUACCUGGCGCUCGCUUGCUGCUGGCCACUUCCACCGGACGCUACUAAGUUCCGGAGACUCUGUCGCCGCACUUUGCGCUAUUUAUGCGUCGCGAACUCGACUGCCAUCAUCGUCAGUGGGGUGUGGACGAUCUCGAAACAUGGCGAUGAUGUAAUUAUGGUAAUGAAGAUAGGGUGCCAAAUGAGCGCCGCCGUGCAGGUCCCAUUACAGAUAAUACUCUUCGCGAUGCAGGACAAACGCAUAAAGGUGAGAAUAUUUAUAAAGCUUAUUGUUUUCGAAAUAGAGGAUUAUUAUCAACGUGCACAAAUACACGAAAAGGAGAUUCUUCAAUACUAUGUUGACAAAUGUAAAUUCUUGUACGGUAGCAUUCUUUGCAGCUUGGUAAUAACAGCCGCCUGUUUUAUAUUCGCACCUUUAUUUUUGCCCCAACUGUUUCCACUUGAUUUAGAAUAUCCAUUUGACAUAUAUCAACCAUUGCAAACUAUUAUUUACAUGCAUCAUAUACUACUUGUUUUGCAAAGUGCCACGCAAGUUGGCGCGAAUACUUUUCCUGCUCUUUUACUUUGGUUUGUUGCUGCUAGAUUCCAUAUAUUAUCCACUCGAUUCCGCACAGUAACAGAUAUGAAGCAGUUGUUAAAAUGCGUUUACGAACACAAUAUAUUGCUCAGGUACAUACGUCAACCAGUGUCAGUGAAGUUUCCAUUCUUUAUGGUAACCUUCAGCGGCUUUCUGGAACUCUAUAUGUACGCUUGGCCGGCUGAUAACGUAAUGACCAUGAGCAGUGACAUAGCACUUGCUGUCUAUAAUUCAUCAUGGUACAAGGAUGAUGUGGCUAUGAGGAAAAUUUUCAUGCAUGUCAUGCGUAGAAGUCAACGUUCGGUCAUCGUUUCAGUCCCGGGAGCAUUGCCACAAUUGUGUAUAAAGUAUUACGCGACGGUAAGAGUUUGUAUGUAACUUUCUUACGUAUGUAUUAAUAAGUAACACAUAUAGAUAAUUUGGCAUGUUCAUUAUCAUAUCGAUGUAUGUCAGAUAUUUUUAUCCCAAAUCACUCUUAGAUCUGCUAUAUCUUUUUGAGUCCUUAUCUGCAAUAGCAAUUAUAAUCCUGCGUUAUAUACAUUUUAAUAACAGAAUAUUCUAUCAUUUUUUAGUACACCUCGGCCGUUUUCUCGUACAUGGCAUUUAUACGCAUCAUAAUCGGUCAAGAAUAAACAAAGAAAAGAAAGAAUACAAGUAUAAGACCGGAUACAACACCAUUUAGAUUAUCAUUUGUUCUGCUCGUCCUACAGCAUAUCUUGCCAUACAAAAUUUAACAAUGUUGAAAAAAUAAGGAAAUGACUUAAUAAAUUCAUCGCAAAUAAAGACAAGUCUUUCUAUUUCGAUCUGAAAAUUAUAGCUUGCCUGAAAGAUGGAAAAGUAAUACUGAAAAUGAUGAGGAUUACUUACAUGAUUAAACUACUAUACGUUUUACAUAAUAAACAUUGCGUUUUAUAAAAAAAA